AUGAUGGUUAUGAGAUCUGCAACAUGCUUUAUUUUUACGCUGUUUGUUGUUAAAAUAGUUUGUACAGAUUUAUGUUUAGAUAAUGAUAUACACGCCCUAAUCCUUGCUAGAGGAGGAAGCAAGGGAAUAAAACUAAAAAAUCUUGCUCAAGUUGGCGGAUACUCAUUGUUGGCCCGUACAAUUAAAACAAUUAAAAGCUCUUCUUGUUUUCAACACGUAUGGGUUUCGACAGAUGAUAAAAACAUUGCCAUUGAAGCACAAACGUUUGGUGCAAUGGUACAUCAUCGUCCACAUAAAUUUGCAAGAGAUGAUACUCCGUCAAUCGAUGCCAUUGCGGAGUUCUUAAAUUCGCACAAAACCAUUCAAGACUUUGCGCUCUUUCAAUGUACAUCAGUGUUUUUAAAAUCUAAUUACAUUCAAGAGGCUGUGCAAAAAUUCAAAUCACACGACUGUGUUUUUGCCGCCAAAAGAUCACAUUACCUUCGAUGGAAAAUGGUAGACGGUUUCUUGGUACCGGCAGAAUUUAAUUUAAAUUCCAGACCAAGACGCCAGGACUGGAAGGGAGAUAUAGUCGAAACAGGAAUGUUUUAUUUUUCAAGAAGGCGGUUAGUUGACGUUGGUCUGCUACAAAAUAACAGAUGCUCUAUUGUGGAAAUUGAUGCCAAUGAUGGUCUCGAGAUUGACUCAAGCCACGACCUCUCGAUGGCAAAAUACAUUUUAAGUAGUAGAACGAAAAUUGAUUUAUAAAAUGGUUUACAAUAAUCGAGAGGUUAGGGUAAUUAAUUUUAGG